GAACAGAUUAUCUCGCAAGAUUCAUAGACACACUGGCGGUGCUGCUUUUUUUCACCUUUCGGCAACUCUUCAUCAUCCGAUAAAUCGAACGCCUCACGCUGAGAAACUUUUUUUACCUGCGGAGCUCAAGAAGAUCCAAACCGAUCAAACCCUAAUAAUCAGUAGAAAUGGAGAAAUCUCUCAUUGAAAGGCUCGAAGCCGCUGUUGCGCGCUUGGAAUCUCUCCCCCUCGGAUCUCAGCCAGCGAUCUCGUCGCGAGAUCUCUCCGGCGACUCGCCCUCAGAUCCGGCGGUGAUCGCCUUCGAUGAAUUAGCGGAGAAAUCUCUCGGUAGGGUUUUGUCCGCCGCCGAAAAGAUCGGCGGUCAAGUUCUUGAGGCGACCAAGAUUCUACAGGAAGCUUUUGCGGCGGAGAGAGAUCUGCUCGUCAAGGCCAAACAAUGCCAGAAACCAGACGUUGCUGGUCUAGCAGAAUUUUUGAAGCCGCUUAAUGAUGUAAUCGUCAAAGCAAAUUCUUUGACAGAAGGAAGGAGAUCCGAUGCAUUCAAUCAUUUGAAAGCAGCUGCGGACAGUCUCGUAGCAUUGGCAUGGGUUGCUUAUUUGGGAAAGGAUUGUGGUAUGAGUCUUCCAAUUGCGCAUGUGGAAGAAAGUUGGCAGAUGGCUGAAUUCUAUAACAACAAGGUUCUUGUUGGGUAUAGAAAUACAGAUCCGAACCACGUCGAGUGGGCCAAAGCUUUAAAAGAUCUUUAUUUUCCUGGUUUACGAGACUACGUUAAGGCUUUUUACCCUUUGGGGCUUGUAUGGGGUCCAGCUGGGGGCAAGGUUUCUUCUGCUCAGGCUGCUGCUGCUUCUUCCUCCACUAAAGCUCCCACUGGAGGAGGUCCUGUACCUCCACCUCCUCCACCUUCUAAUCUUUUCAGCUCUGAAACCGUGUCAUCACGGCCUAAACAAGGCAUGUCUGCUGUUUUUCAAGAGAUCAGCUCCAAGCCCGUCACUGCAGGGUUGAAGAAAGUAACUGAUGACAUGAAGACAAAAAACAGAACGAAUAGAACUGGUGUUGUCAAUGCAGCAGAAAAGGAAUCUCGCACCAGUUCCUUCUCCUUUUCCAAAACAGGGCCCCCCAAAUUGGAACUUCAAAUGGGUCGCAAAUGGGCGGUUGAAAAUCAGAUUGGAAAGAAGAACCUGAUUAUUGAUGAGUGUGACUCAAGGCAAUCUGUAUAUGUAUUUGGGUGUAAAGAUUCUGUUUUACAAAUCAAAGGAAAAGUAAACAACAUAACCCUUGAUAAGUGCACAAAGAUGGGACUUGUGUUCUUGGAUGUUGUAGCUGCCUGUGAGAUUGUGAACUGCAAUGGUGUGGAGGUACAAUGCCAGGGUUCAGCACCCACAAUAUCAAUUGACAACACAGCUGGAUGCCAGCUAUAUCUAAGCAAAGAUUCAUUGCAGGCUUCUAUAACAACCGCUAAAUCAAGUGAAAUAAAUGUGCUAGUCCCUGGUGCAGAAGCUGACAGUGACUGGGCAGAGCAUGCAUUACCCCAGCAGUUUGUGCACGCUUUCAAGGAUGGUAUCUUUGUAACAUCACCCGUCUCUCACUCUGGCGGGUAAUAAAGCUCUUUUUCAACCUUUACCCGUCUCUUGUUAUACUAUUACUCGGAGAUGAGGCUUGUGUUGUAUUAUUGUGUUUGUAAGUCUUUAGAUCCAUCGAGUUGUUUCUGAUAGAAUGGUGUGUUGCCUAUCAGUGAUUUUUUUCUUCGUUCAUUCAAUGGGACAAUCUGUUUGAUAUGUAUUUUAUCGGUGUGAUUGGUUUCGUGUAAGGAGAUAAGUUUUUCGUGUUCAUUACUUAUGUAUAUCAAAGAUCAAACUUGAUGUAUGAAAGAUUGUUGUUUUGAAUUA